UUUAACACAGCAGCCAAACAGCUGAUAGAGUUGGAUAAGCCCUCAGGUUCUGCUGUUGACUCUGGAGAAGGUACCUCUGGGGCAGCCCACAACAAUUCAACCCAAAAGCACACCGAUACUAAGAAAAACACCAAAAAACGGCACUCUUUUACCUCCCUCACUAUGUCCAACAAGUCUUCACAGUCUUCUCAGAAUCGCCACUCAAUGGAAAUUAGUCCUCCUGUCCUCAUCAGCUCCAGCAACCCAACUGCAGCAGCCCGCAUAAGUGAGCUGACGGGACUUUCCUGUAGUGCCCCUUCUCAGGUUCAUAUCGGUACUACAGGGCUAAUUGUGACUCCACCCCCUAGCAGCCCAGUCACAACAGGGCCUUCAUUUACCUUCCCAUCAGAAGUUACCUACCAAGCUGCUCUUGGUAAUAUGAAUCCUCCACUUCCACCACCACCUCUCUUGUCUGCUGCAGUCGUUGCAUCGGCCUCUUCUGGACCUCAGUCCGCAGGUGUAGUACAAAGGCCUACAUCAGGAUCAACUGACCAAAUGGCACAUUUACGACCACAGACUCGUCCAAGUGUGUAUAUUGCUAUAUACCCUUACACUCCUCGAAAAGAUGAUGAACUGGAACUGCGUAAGGGAGAAAUGUUCUUAGUGUUUGAACGCUGUCAAGAUGGCUGGUUCAAGGGAACUUCCAUGCAUACAAGCAAGAUUGGUGUUUUUCCGGGAAAUUAUGUGGCUCCAGUUACAAGGACAGUGACAAGUGCAUCACAAACAAAAGUUCCCAUGUCUACCGCUGGCCAAACGGGACGAGUAGUGACUAUGGUCAGCCCUUCCACUGCUAGUGGAACAUCUCAGAAGCUCCAGGGGAAUGGUGUGGCAGUGAACUCAAGCACAGUACCCACAGCUGUGGUUUCUGCAGCACAUAUCCAAACUAGUCCGCAAACUAAAGUCCUUAUGCACGUGACAGGACAAAUGACAGUCAACCAGGCUCGCAAUGCAGUUAGAACAGUUACUGCACACAGUCAAGAAAGACCUACAGCAGCAGUCACACCCAUACAAGCACAGAGUCCAGCAUGCCUUAUUCCUGCAGCCGUGAUCAUUCCCCACCAUUCCCAGCAGCUCCAGCCCCAGCUUCCAAAUACUGCUGCUUACAUCACGGCUGUGAAUGCGAACCGCUCAACCAUCCCACUGGCAUGUGCAGCAGCUUCUUUGAAUUCUCCCAACAUUGCUGCUUCAUCUUUGGACGGAGAUAUUAGUGGGAGAACUGUAAACACUCACCCUGCAUCUCCAGAGAGUGCUUUAGCAGCUGGUGGAAAUGCUGCUGUCAGUAAAGUGGACAAGGAUGGCAAGAAAGAAAAAAAAGGUUUGCUGAAACUGCUUUCUGGAGCAUCUGCUAAACGCAAGCCCCGAUUGUCACCUCCAGCAUCACCAACACUGGAGGCUGAGCAAGCAGCCGCAGAGUUAGCCCUGCAAGGUGCAGUCGGGCCAGAGCUUCCAUCAGCAGGCGGUCACAGCAAAGCUGGAUCCUGUCCCACCGACAGUGAGGUCUCUGGACUGGCACAGGAGACGCUGCAUCGGAAAACAAGUUCCCUGGAUUCCUCUGUUCCGAUAGCACCGCCGCCUCGGCAGCCUUGCUCAUCCCUGGGUCCAGUUCUGAAUGAAUCCAGGCCCCUUGUCUGUGAAAG